CGGGAACUGAAUUUUUUGGACUUUUAUCUUUCCACAUAUUAAAAUGAGUUUCAAUGACGAGAAUAAUAACGUGUUCAUCUGUGGAAAAAUAUUUUGUUGCUUUUCAUUAGGCAAUAAAGGCAAACAGUUUGGAGUGUAUUUUGCGGGCAUACUGUUUGCCUUGGGUUGGUGGACUUUCAUCGACGGUUUAACUAUACUGUGGAAUUUACAAGAUCGUCUCAUUGCGCCAGGAAUAGAAGAUUGGGCUCCUGGAAUUGUUACGACCUUUGGCAUGAUCAUAGUCAACUUGAUUGAUAAGGAAACAUUGAAAGGAAAUGGGUAUGACGAAGAAUUUACUUGGAGAGCUCGUUUGUUCUUAUUUUUGGGGUUCGCUAUGAUGGCCGGAGGACUGUCGGGUUCAGUGGCUGUACUAGUAACAAAAUACAUUUAUAAUGAUAACGAUCUCGAUCUAUUGAAUACUUACUUGGGGAUCACAGAUGUAGUUCAGUGCUCAUUGAUCAUGAUUAGCACGGCAAUAUUAUGGUUUGCCCAAAGCAGUUCUGAAAAUCAACAGUACUAUCAAAUUUAAUAAAUAUUUAUUCCCAACGGCAGUUAUGUGUCAUGCAACCUAUAUUCAUUCUUCAGCUAUCCUUGUGUAUGCUUUACUGACGUCCAUUACAGAUGGG